AUGCCGGAGCCCGGGCCGGACGCCUCGGGCACUGCCAGCGCGCCGCCCCCGCAGCCUCCUCCCCAGCCUCCCGCGCCCAAGGAAUCCCCGUUCUCCAUCAGGAACCUGCUCAACGGAGACCAUCACCGGCCGCCCCCGAAGCCACAGCCGCCCCCACGAACGCUCUUUGCGCCGGCCUCGGCCGCCGCCGCUGCGGCCGCCGCUGCCGCCGCCGCAGCCAAAGGUGCCCUGGAGGGUGCCGCGGGCUUCGCGCUCUCGCAGGUGGGAGACCUGGCCUUCCCCCGCUUUGAGAUCCCAGCGCAGAGGUUUGCAUUGCCCGCGCACUACCUGGAGCGCUCCCCGGCCUGGUGGUACCCCUACACCCUGACCCCCGCCGGCGGCCACCUCCCGCGACCAGAAGCCUCUGAGAAGGCCCUCCUGCGCGAUUCCUCCCCUGCGUCCGGCACAGACCGCGACUCCCCGGACCCUCUGCUCAAGGCUGACCCCGACCACAAGGAGCUGGACUCCAAGAGCCCGGACGAGAUCAUUCUGGAAGAGAGCGACUCGGAGGAAGGCAAAAAAGAAGGCGAGGCGGUGCCUGGCGCGGCCGGGACGACAGUAGGGGCGACUGCGGCGACACCGGGCUCAGAGGACUGGAAGGCGGGCGCCGACAGUCCCGAGAAGAAGCCGGCGUGCCGCAAAAAGAAGACGCGCACCGUCUUCUCCCGCAGCCAGGUCUUCCAGCUCGAGUCCACCUUCGACAUGAAGCGCUACCUGAGCAGCUCGGAGCGCGCCGGCCUGGCCGCGUCGCUUCACCUCACCGAGACGCAGGUCAAGAUCUGGUUCCAGAAUCGCCGCAACAAGUGGAAGCGACAGCUGGCGGCCGAGCUGGAGGCGGCCAACCUGAGCCACGCCGCUGCGCAGCGCAUCGUGCGCGUGCCCAUCCUCUACCACGAGAACUCUGCGGCCGAGGGGGCGGCGGCGGCCGCAGGGGCCCCGGUGCCGGUCAGCCAGCCGCUGCUCACCUUCCCGCACCCUGUCUACUACUCGCACCCGGUGGUCUCGUCUGUGCCGCUGCUACGGCCGGUGUGAGACGGGAGAGGGGAGAGGGAAUGAGCACCCGGCCACCUUUCGGGGAUCCCGGAGGAGACUGGGCCGGGCCGAGGGUGCCGGGCUGUGGCCAGCGACCUUGGGCUCACUGCCUUGCCUCCCACCCCCCAAUAGCAUUUUGUAAGUAUUUGCAAUGCAUUUUCGUGCAAUUCAUUCCUAUGAAUUUGAGGCGCUUCUCCUCUUAUUUUUGGUUUUGCUUUCCAUUAAGAGAAAACGAGGUGGGGUUGGGAGGGAACGACAAAAUAACCAGGUCAAAACUUCCAAUUGAAAGUU